UACUUAUUCAAUUGCACACUACAAACUAAAUAGGUAAAGCGCAAUAUAAAAUGAAUAACCUGUGCAUAUGACAGGUUUCUAUAGGGGAGGAGUUUAUGUAGCCUUAACACCUCGUCUCAGUUAGUGUCUGCUGCAAGAGACGCGAUAAACUCUACAUGGAGAAUCACCUUAAUGAUCAAAGCAGGGAAUGUUCUGCCAGUUCAGACAACAACGACUGCCAGAGGGUUGACCAAUAUGGAUUUGAGAGAUCAGAGGAUUCCAGCUAUGAAUCCAAUGAGGAGCUAAUGUCUGAGUAUUUAGCUGUUGUCACUAGAAGGUCAAAGAAAUGGUCUAAACUUUUGCAGGACACUGUGAAAGUGGAGAAGAAUCUGAAAGUGAAGCGAUAUGUGAGGAAGGGGGUUCCGUGUGAACAUCGCACUCAGAUCUGGAUGGCUGCUAGUGGAGCCCAGGACCAGUUGGAGAGGAAUCCUGGGUACUAUCAUUCUCUAUUAAAGGCUGAGCAUGACCCUAACAUAGAAGAGACCAUACGUGCCGAUAUGCACAGAACCUUCCCUGACAACAUUCAGUUCCGUGACUCCUCUCAACCAUGUUUACAAAAAGCCCUAUUUAAUGUACUUCUUGGUUAUGGACACCACAAUAAGGAUGUUGGUUACUGUCAGGGAAUGAACUUUAUUGCUGGAUACCUCCUCAUCAUCACCAAAGAUGAAGAGAAGUCGUUCUGGUUAAUGGAUGCUUUACUUGGGAAGAUCUUACCAGACUAUUACACACCAACUAUGCUGGGGCUUAAAAUGGAUCAAGAGGUGCUUGGGGAGCUUGUCAGGAUGAAGGUUCCUGCUGUCUGGCAGGCCAUGAAUCGGCACAACGUAAUGUGGACCCUGGUGGUCUCACGCUGGUUCAUCUGCCUAUACAUUGACAUCCUUCCUGUAGAGACAGUGCUGAGAAUAUGGGACUGCCUUUUCUACGAGGGAUCCAAGAUCCUGUUCCGUGUGGCUUUGACGCUGAUUGGUCACCAUCAGAACCUCAUCUCACAGGCACAGAGUCUCCCAGAAAUCUGUGAACGCUUUAAACAGAUCACUCAAGGGGAGUACGUAGAAGACUGCCAUACAUUCAUGCAGAAAAUCUUUAUGGAGCCAGGAGGUCUCUCCACAGCAACAAUCACUAAACUCAGGAAGAUGUGUAGAAAUCGCAUUACUUCUGCCUAAAACCCUCCGUCACACUAAAUGCGGAACAUGGACAAAGUUCCGACUGCAUGUGAGAUCUAUUAUUUACUGUGGGAAAAAAAUUGUCAAAAAAUAAUUAUAUGAAUGUUUAAGAAAAAAGCAUCAAGGGACACAGUACCGUUCAAAAGUUAAGGGUCGGUAUAAUGUUAUAAUGUUUUUAAAAGAAGUGCCUAAUGCUCACCAAGGCUGCAUUUAUUUAAAUAAUAAAUAUGAUAAAAUACUAAUAUUGUGCAAUAUUACACUUUAAAAUAUUUUAAUGUUUAUAUAUAAUGUAUUUCUGUGAUGGCAAAGUUGAAUUUUCAGCAGCCAAUACUCUUCAGUGUCACAUGAUCCUUCAUAAUUCAUAUAUUUUUUACUGACAAAAUUUCUACUGACUGUCAAACUUUUGAAUUUAAAGUCAUUUUCUGGAGGCAUGUUAUUCUAAACCUGUAUAUUUUACUUUCUUCUGUGGAAGAUAUUUUGAUGGGGAGUAAAUGAUGACAAUUUUCAUUUUUGGGCGAACUAUCCCUUUAACUAGAAUGCAUUUUAACUGUUUUUUUCCGAUUGCUUUGUUGUUUUACUGGUUUUCUGUUCAGAUAUACUGUUGAUGAAAUGCAAUGUUUAACUAAUAGAUAUUAAAGAAGCAAACUCAUUCUUGUCUUUUAUUUUUCAUUUUAUUUAGAAACAGAAUCGCAUUCCCUUAAAACAACAUGAACUUCAUAGCAAUCAAGGCAACACUUCAAUAUCCACAACAACUACAUUUAUGCAGUCAUUCCAUAUGAAGGCCAAUCAGAAAGGAGAGAGAUUCAGCCACCAUAUUAUAAAGCAUGUUCCUCUCAGUGCACUCCUUGAGUUUGUAACAGUUAACCAUUUACCUAGGUCUAUAAUAGUCUAAACCUACUUCAAGUUAUUCAGAACUUCCUGCUGUGUUAGUGUCAAAGUACCCUUUGUCCAUCCAGUAGUGCAAAACCAUAAAAUUUCCUCACUCUAGUAGAAUUUCCCGUUUAACGCUUCUGAAUGAGUGCAAAUACAAUGCUAAAUGGAUGCAAGCAGGCUAUAUAGUUUUGAUACGUAGUAUGAGGGGGAAACUGAGCUAUUUAGUGUUAUUGAAGGCUAUUCUACUCUAGAAAGUGGAUAUUCCAUUUAACAUCAGUUUACAGAGUCACUAUGCAGAUUUGGAGAGAUGUGGGCUAGAUGUUGAAUUUUUCUUCAUUAAAACGUAAAUUAACAUCUGACUCAAAACUGUUCUGCAAGGCUUUGCUGAAAACAAUAUACGUUUUUUUUCUCCAAUUUGGUGAAUUGUAAAAGCUGACCUGUAUUUUACAGUGUUUAAGUCCAAAUGUGAACUUUCAUCUGAAAAUCACAAAAGGUAGUCAGGAUCAAGAUCAGAAAGUAGUGUUAAAUAUGUAGUCCCUUUUAGACUGAGCAUGUAACAGUAACAACAUUAUCAGCUUCCCUAAAUCCUAUUUAUAUAAAUAAACGCAUGACAUUAAAUUUAGGAAUAUGAGGUACCAUAUUCAGAUUGUGUUUUCCAAGACCCAGAUUAAGCCUAAAUGACAACAAACAUCAGAAAUUCCUCUAGGUAAGCAUAAUCUGGUUUCUGGAAACAAUACCUCAGCAUGACCUAGACACCUUAGAUUUUGCCCCGUACCCUUACGUAUGCAUUAAUUAUACUAUGUGUUUAACAUAAUCCAACAGAAAGUCCAGAUCCACCUGAGCAGUGGCAGUGUGACACCAGCAGAGGGCAGGGCAGGUUA